AUGCCAAAGCCACUUUAUACUUUUUGUGGACUAAUACAAAGAGCACUUUGUUAUUGUUUUCCACGAACAAAAGAAGAUGAUAAGAAAUAUAACAAAAAAGAUGUUAUUUUUGAUAAUGGCUAUAUUAAAAAGUCUUAUAAUAAAGAAAGUUUAAACGAAACAAAUAUUGGAACGAUAACAUUUAUUGGUCGUCGUGAAUUAUCUUCUUCAAGUCUUAGAAAACAAGCAAAUAUUAAAAAUGCUGAGAAGAAACAAGAUGAUUUUAUUGCAAUUAUGGAAUCUAAUACAGCUGAUACAACUGAAAAUAGUUUUAGGCAAACACCAGCAGCUGUGGACACAAAACAAACAGACAAGUCAAUGAAACCAAAAUGUGACUUUUGCAACAGAUGCAAAUCAUAUCAAGCUGAAUUCGAUAAAGAUAAAGCGAAAGGCAAAAAUAAGAAAGACAUAGAAGCUAGAUGCAGUGCUUUAAAUUAUUUCGUUUUCCUUCUUAUUUUAUUCUUUAUGUUUGUUUCUAAUAUGGCUUUAUGGCUUUCAAUGUCACAAUGA